AGUUCGGUUCCGAUCUCCGGGAGUUCCUGUGCGUAAUCCUGUGAUGGAAUUGAAGGCGAUUAAUCGAUUAUUUGAUUAUGAAUGUAUUUAAUUUGAAGCCGUAGCUGUUGGUGAUUUUGAGUGUUGAGAUCUGGGAGGUGAGGGAGGAAUAUGUGGUGUUUGAUGGGGAGUAAUUCGGCGGCGGCGCAUCGGAGGUUUCUUCCGGGUGCGGUGUUGGAAUGCCGUGGGGGAAUCGGAUCCGGAUCCGUUUCUUAUGUCGGGGGUAGUUCCUUGUUUGGGUGCCAAGUGAGGUCACAGUCACGGAAGUCUCCUUUAUUGUGGUCUGAAUUGUUAUGGUCCUCUGAUAGAUUUGCUCUGCUGAAAGAGGACAUUUCAAUGGCGGCAGCUCAUCGACCAGUUCCUGGAUCAUUUGAGUCCAUGUUUGCCACCCAUCAUUCUUCCCAGGAGUACUUCCCUUGGCUUUAAAAGCCAUGCAUGGUCUUCUUAGUAAGUAUACACACGGCUAAGAAAGAAAGGAGGGUUAAAAGAAAGGUGCUACACAAGA